GGCAAAUCCAGAACUCUGCUUCAGAGUGCUGAUGGUUGUCCGUUUCUAAUGAAUGUCUCCCUCUGAAUCCAGCCUGCCUUUCCCUUCUCAUAGUCUCAGCCUGUAAAAUGCCACCAGCUGGCUAUGUCUCCAGAAGGGUUUAUGGCUGAGCGGCAAAUUCAGAACGCCAUGGUGAAGAAGUCUGGCAUGCAGCUUGCACUGCUUCCCCUUUUCUUCUUGCUGAGAGGCGUGUUUUGCUCUGAAGACGAGCACCGGCUUUAUGAUGAAUUGUUCGUCAAUUAUAACAAUAUCAUCAGGCCCGUUGAAAAUGUGUCUGAUCCUGUGAUGGUUUGGUUCGAAGUAUCUUUGUCUCAGCUGGUAAAAGUGGAUGAAGUGAACCAGAUUAUGGAGACCAAUUUAUGGCUGAAGCAUAUUUGGAAUGAUUACAAACUCAGAUGGAAUCCAGACAAGUAUGGAGGGGUGCAAUACAUCCGAGUGCCAUCAAAUAAGAUCUGGAAGCCAGAUAUCAUGUUAUAUAACAAUGCAAUUGGGGACUUCCAGGUGGACGACAAAACAAAAGCUUUGCUCAAUUACACUGGAAACGUAACAUGGAUGCCUCCAGCCAUAUUUAAGAGUUCAUGUAAAAUAGAUGUGACCUACUUUCCCUUCGACCACCAGAAUUGUACAAUGAAGUUUGGCUCUUGGACCUAUGACAAAGCUCAAAUUGACUUAGUCCUUGUUGAUUCCACAAUGAACCUCAAGGAUUACUGGGAAAGUGGGGAGUGGGCCAUUAUCAAAGCACCAGGCUAUAAGCAUGACAUCAAAUACAACUGCUGUGAAGCCAUCUACCCAGAUAUCACCUAUUCUCUCUAUAUCAGACGGCUGCCCUUGUUCUAUACCAUCAAUCUGAUCAUCCCAUGUCUUCUGAUUUCUUUUUUGACCGUGUUGGUGUUUUACCUUCCAUCAGACUGUGGCGAGAAAGUAACCCUGUGCAUAUCGGUCCUCUUGUCCUUAACGGUUUUCCUCCUGGUCAUAACCGAAACCAUUCCGUCUACUUCAUUGGUGAUCCCAUUGAUUGGGGAGUACCUCCUCUUCACCAUGCUGUUUGUCACUCUCUCAAUCGUCAUCACGGUCUUUGUACUCAACGUUCACUACAGAACUCCCAGGACGCACACCAUGCCAGAGUGGGUGAAGAUUGUUUUCCUAAACUUUCUCCCCCGAAUCAUGUUCAUGACGCGACCCACCAGCAAUGAAGAUGAGGGCAGAAGCCAGAAGGUGAAGCCAUCUUACAACACAGAGCUCUCCCAGUUGAAUUUCAUCCAUAUCCCAGACAGCAGGUGCUGUCAAGACUGCUUCCCAUGCCAAGGGUUUACACAUGCUUGCUGCCAACAUGAGCACAAAAAACAUUUGAAGGGGACCAGCAACCUGACCCAGAGCUCCAGUUCUGAGUCUAUGGAUGCUCUGUUUUCAUCUUCAUUUAUAUCACCAGAAGUGAGGGAUGUGAUGGAUAGCGUCAAAUACAUUGCUGAAAACAUGAAGCUACAGAACGAAGCCAAGGAGACUCAAGAUGACUGGAAAUAUGUUGCCAUGGUAAUUGAUCGCAUUUUCCUGUGGGUGUUUAUUCUUGUGUGUAUUUUGGGGACAGCAGGAUUGUUCCUGCAACCACUGAUGAUCAGAGAUGAAGUUUAAACAAGGUAACACGGCCAAAAGGACUUUUUCUUCUUUGGUGUCCAAACAUACGAAUUUAUGUUGAACUACUUAUUUCUGGGUCUUUGAGUACCAAAAUAAAGAUAUGUAACAUCAUACAGAGGUUAUAUUAUUCUGAGGUAUUGUAUAAGAUUGAAGGAUUUUUAUUUCUAGAUUUUUCAUUUUCGAGAGUGAAAGAACUUUUAUGGUUGUUGGAUUAAGCCUUAAUCAGCAGUGCCAAUUUACUCUGCUGAAGUUGGGCUAGGAGAGUUCAUUAAUACGGUAAUGCAGAUCACAGCAAUUUCAAUAAACCAUAUAUUAAAAUCACGUAACAGUUAUCUCGCAAGGAGCAGGGGAUUACAGCAGUAGUACCAAUAUAUAAGAAAGGAAACAGAGCAGAUCCAGCCAACUACAGAUCCAUCAGUCUCUUGAGUAUAGUAAGGUAUACGCUAAGCACCUGAACUGGAAACAUCUUUGUACUCCAUCAUGUUAUACAAAAGCAUUUGCACAAAUUAAAAUUUCCUCUUUAUGUGGCCUUUCCCAACUUCAAGGCUUGCCAAACAAUCUUGCCACAGCUAUGGCAAGAGGAGUAACAAAAGGAACUUUCCCAGCUUUUCAGUCAUGACAGGCUUAAAAUGUAUUAGAAUCAGUAGAAUUUUUUUUUAAAAGCUAGCAUUUAAAAGCAAAGGAUUUGAACAGGUUUCUAACUGGUAGGCAAUUUAGCAGGAGGUGUAAGUUUUGGUGUAGGAUAGGCUCUGUUUUUAUAGCAUUCUGUUACUUUAUAAGGAAAAUAAAUUGCUAUUGCAAAGGUCUGUGUA